GAGACGGCACACGCACCGCUUCGCCCCGCCGAAGAGACGGACGCCUCCACACGUCUCUUCCUCUUCCUUGAUACUGAGAGAGAGAGAGAGAGGAGGAGGAGGAGGACCAGCCAUCCACCCGCGCGGCCGCGGCGAAUCCAUCCAAUCCGCGUCGAUGCGGCGGCGGCGGCGGUAGCGGGGAGGGGGUGGAAAUGGUGGGGGAUCAGGAGGGGAGGCGGCAGCGGCGGCGGGGGUGGGGGGAGGAGGAGGAGGACCGCAUCUCGGACCUCCCCGACGCGCUGCGGCUCCAGAUUCUGAGCCUCCUGCCGCUCAAGUCGGCAAUCCGGACGGGGGCCCUCUCGUCGCGGUGGCGGGGGUUGUGGGAGCAGCGGUGGCCCGACCCGUCGUCGCUCGACGUGCGGCUGCCAUCGGGGGGAGGAGCCGCGUCGGCGUCGGUGGCGGCGCUGCGGGCCGAGCACCUCGCAGGCAUCGACCGGCGCGGGAGGCGGCGGAUGGACCUCUUCUCGCUCGCCUUCCACGCGGGGCAGCUCGCGCCCCCCGAGCUGAAGCGGUUCAUCGAGUACGCGGCGGCGUGCGACGUGGAGGAGGUGCGGCUGCGGCUCGACGGCGGCGGCGGGCGUGGGGCGAGAGGGGGCACGCGGCGGCCCGGCGCGCUCGCCGUGCACUUCCCCAUCGGGAGCAAGCUCCUCGCGCGGCUGUCGGUGCGGGGGCUCCACCUCACGGCGUCCGCCAACGCGAUGGUCGCCACGCUCGAGGUGAUCCAUUUCCACUCCGUCUCCCUCACCGACGCCGCGCUGCGGCGGGUGGUCUCCGCCUGCCCGCGCCUCCGCGAGCUCGAGCUCCGGUACUGCCGACACCUCCGCCGUAUCGAUUUCACCGUCGGGGCCUCCAAUCUCAAGAGCCUCACCGUCGUCGACUGCUCCCGCGCCACGGAGCUGCGCGUGCCAUCGGCGCCCCUCCUCCGGUCGUUCCGGUUCAGCGGCGCGUUCCUCUGCAGCAACAUUUUCGGUAGCACCGCGGAUUGUGUCGAGCAUCUCUACCUCUGCUCCGGCGGGCCGGAGACAGGUUUGCCGCGCACCAACUUGCCGUCGGCAGUCCCCCGCCUGUCAAACCUCACCGUACUCACCCUAUGCAGCAUUGCUCUCCAGUAUGUCUCUGCUUCAGUAGCCACCCCCAACGUGGAGAAGAGCUUGAACAGCUUGAGAGAGCUCCAGCUGCUCAUGUUCGGAAUGGCCAACUCCAACCUCGCAGAUAUCUAUAGCUUCCUCAAGGCCUGCCGUUGUCCUCAGUUGGAGAGGCUCUUCGUGCAGCUCCCAACAAACACUUAUGAUUCGUUCACGACGAAUUAUUUGGAGGUAGCAGAGGAAGAACCGCCUGAAGGCGGAUUAGAAAACCUUCGGUUGGUCAAGAUGACAAACUUCAAGGGUUAUCGCAAUGAACUACGACUGGUGGAUUUCCUGCUGAGGAAAGCUAGCCGUCUUAACAAACUGUUCCUGAUUGCUCCCAAGGAGGUUCACCCACAAGGCCUCCGAAAGGUCCACUCGGAGGCACUGCCCCAUUUUCUCAAGACAGAUGUAUUGCAUCUUGAAAGAGCUUCAGCAAUCGCCCAGAUAAUUUUUGAUGAGUCUGUUAGUCCUCAGAUACUACCCUUGCAUUCGGAGGUCUUUGUCAGAGUUUAGCUGAAAUAAGCAAUUGCACCGUAGUUUAAUUGCUGCUCCUUAAUUAUUACCAUUAUAGCUUUUAGGCAACAGACAUGAAAAAGAUCUGCAAGCAUACAAAGUUUGGUAUAAUAUAUUUGCAAUUUAUGUUUUGAAAUGUCUGGGUAAGAUGGUUGAAAUUUGUGGUA